AUGUCAGUUUUCUCCUUCCCCCCACCUUCAUUCUCUCACUCCUCGCACUGCCUGCUCUCCGACCGCCGCUCUCCAUUAGAAGCCUCCCCGGCUGUCCGGGCUCAGCCAUGGGCGCCCUGUGAUUGGCCGAACUGGGUCACGUGCCGCAGCGGCGGACAGCUGGCUGCGGGUGAUCUCGGUCGGCGCAGCCGCUUGCUCCCGCCUCGCUGUCCGGGCCUCAGCGCUGGGCCUCCGGAUCUCCUCGUCCGACACAGCAUGGGAGACAAAAAGAGUCCUACCAGACCGAAGCGGCAGCCGAAGCCCUCCUCAGACGAAGGCUACUGGGACUGCAGUGUGUGCACCUUCAAGAACAGCGCCGAGGCCUUCAAGUGCCUGAUGUGUGAUGUACGCAAGGGGACCUCCACUCGAAAACCCCGACCUGUUUCUCAGCUGGUGGCACAGCAAGUAACACAGCAGUUUGUACCACCCAUGCAGACCAAGAAAGAAAAAAAAGAUAAAAUUGAGAAGGAAAAGAGUGAAAAAGAAACGCCCAUUAAAAAGAACAGUAAUAAGAAAACAAGGCCUCGAUUGAAAAAUGUGGAUAGAAGUAGUGCACAGCAUUUGGAGGUCACUGUGGGGGACCUAACCGUGAUUAUUACAGACUUUAAGGAAAAAGCAAAAUCCCCACCUGCAUCCAGUGCCACAUUAGUGGAUCAGCACAGUCAAAGUGGAUCUGGCUCUGAAAACACAGAGAGAGGAAUAUCCAGGUCAUCUUCGCCUAGAGGAGAAACCUCAUCAGUAAAUGGGGAAUCACAUUAA